UUUGUGUUCCUAAACAAAAUUCUACCUUUACUACAUUUAUAUUUUUAUCGUGAUUUCCGUUAAAGUAAAGCCUUAGUCGUUACUUUUUUAUUUCAGUUGUAUUUAGUUUAUUACUGUUUAUCAAUUUUUCCAAAUUACAAUUAAUUUAUUUUAAAUGUUUAGAAAAUAAAAAAAAGAAUUUAAGUUAAUUGAUUCUAGUGAAUUGUGAAAAAAUAAUCGUGUUAAAAUCUAUUGAAGGUAAAAAGUGAGCCAUCUCCGUAAUACAGCUUCUUAGAAUUUCUAACAAUAUGGACUGAAUUUACCUUCAGUUUGUUUUCUUCUUUUGAGAAAAUAUAAAAUUUUACAAACGACUAAUGAACAAGAAAUUUAAUUUUAUUUAGUUCUUAUGCCUAGAACAAUCUACAAACUCUUAAGUGAAGAACAAAUGUACUUUAACCCGUUGAAAAACAGGUGUUUUUUACACAUAUAUUGUUGAUGCAGUUUAUUGUAAAGGCAAAAACUAACAAAACAUUAAAAUUUGUUUGGAUUAACUUUUGUAAUGGAUAUAUUCGAUUAGAAAAUUGUGCCGAAAAAUAAUGUACGUUCAUCUUAGAGACGUUAAAAUAACAAAAAGCUAAAGAGAAUAAAAAUAUUUUAAAUACGUACCUAAGGUAAAUUGUAAUAGUAGUUGUUCUUGAAGAAUAAAGGGAGGAUAUGUCAUCAAUAUCAGCUCAAGGUGUUGUUGAGCGUGCUAGUGCUGAAUUAUCUAAGAGGAUUAACGGGUUAGCUCUUCGUUCAUCCAAGCAUGGAAGUGGCAAGACAAGCGUGAUGGAACGUGUCACAAACGUUUUUUGUGGUGGUGGUGGAGGUGGGGGUGGUGUCGCUUAUAUGAGUAUUCAGAACGCAAUUGCUAGUCAGACACCUGAAAAGCCAAGCAGAAGCAGCCCAAUGUCUAUUCAGAAUCAAGUUAAUGUUGCCAACAGUAAAGGUGUAAGUAAUUCUAGUACUGUUGUAAGAACAAAAAUAUCACGAGGAAAGUUACGGAUCAAAAAUGUACCACUUGCUAGUUACGGUACUCCUGACUACAUUUCACCAUCAUCUUGGGAACAAUUAAUGUUGGAUGAGAAUUUUUUAAGUUCGUUUUUUUUGUACUUCAACGUUAGUGAAAGGAGGAUUCUGGCUCAAGUUUGUACUCGAUGGCGAGAUGUGUUGUAUGCAAGACCACGAUUUUGGGCAGGACUGGUACCAGUAGUGAGAUGUCGUGAGAUCAGAGGAAUGGCUUCUGGAUCACGAACGAAACUUUACGCAUCUCUUAUUCGACGAGGCUUUCAUUCGUUAGUGCUUCUGGGUGCUGCUGACGAAGACAUACCCGAAUUGACGCAUGGGUUUCCUAUGGCACAACGUCACAUUCAUUCACUAUCAUUACGAUGCUGUGCUGUCACUGAUCGAGGUCUUGAAGCUCUUCUAGAUCAUCUUCAGGCUUUAUUUGAACUAGAAUUGGCUGGUUGCAAUGAGGUCACAGAAGCUGGACUAUGGGCGUGUCUUACACCAAAAAUAGUAUCAUUAUCUUUAUCUGAUUGCAUAAAUGUAGCAGACGAAGCUGUUGGCGCUGUCGCACAAUUAUUACCGAGUCUAUAUGAAUUUUCACUUCAAGCUUAUCAUGUAACUGAUGCUGCACUUGGUUAUUUUAGCGCUAAACAAAGUAGUUCACUAAGUAUUCUUCGACUUCAAUCAUGCUGGGAGCUUACCAAUCAUGGUGUGGUUAAUAUUGUUCAUUCCUUACCAAAUCUCACGGUAUUGUCACUGUCAGGUUGCAGUAAAGUUACUGAUGAUGGUAUUGAACUUAUUGCGGAAAACUUACCACGCCUUCGUUGCCUAGAUCUAAGUUGGUGCUCAAGAAUAACUGACGCAGCACUAGAAUACAUCGCAUGUGACUUGAAUCAGCUGGAAGAACUUACUUUAGACAGAUGCGUUCAUAUCACGGACAUCGGAGUUGGUUAUAUUUCUACAAUGGGAUCUUUGAGUGCACUUUUUUUGAGAUGGUGCUCACAAUUACGAGACUUUGGAUUACAACAUUUAACCGGAAUGCGGUCACUUCACGUUCUUUCAGUUGCUGGAUGCCCGUUAUUAACAAGCAGUGGACUUUCUAGUCUAAUCCAACUACGUCAUCUUCAAGAACUGGAGCUGACAAAUUGUCCCGGUACCUCACGAGAACUCUUCGAUUAUCUUCGAGAACAUUUACCUAAGUGUCUAAUAAUUGAGUAAACAUAAGAAAUAGAAUGAAAAAAUUUUUUUUUUAAGUUAUAGUUACCCAAUUCAGCGAAGCUAAGAGACGUAUACGGAUUAAUAUCAAUCAUAGUGAUAAUAAGAAAUAUUAUUACAGUAUAAACUUUUGUUCGUUAAGGUCAUAGGUUCUCUUAAUAAUGUUACAUGAUGUUUUUCAGACUUGUUUAGUUAAAAUGUAUUUUAGAAUAUAUCUCAUCGAUAUUUGUGCAAC